GUGCACACCCACCUGCGGGUAGGUGGGAGGAGUGGGAGUGUAUAUAUGAGCCACAGGUCUGAGGGAGCUUGUCUGCAUCCUGCAACGCUCUUGAGAGAUUCUGAAGUGAUGACUUCCUUCUCCAGUCGCAGUAGUUUCUCCAGCAGGGGAGGGGGUGUGGUCACCCUGGGAGGCUUUGGGUCCUCAGCUGGGUUGUCCCGGGCUGGGACAGGCAUGUCGGUGGUGUCCCACCGAAGUGGGAGUGUGUAUGGUGGGGCAGGGGGCAAGGGUACUCGCAUAUCCACCGCCUUGUCCACCAGUGGGGGAAAGCUGAGCUCCUCGGGUGGGGGGUUCGGCUACGGCUUUGGCUCCGGAGGUGGAGGUGGAGGUGGAGGUGGGUUGCUCCUCAGCGCCUUCUCUCUGGAUGCUGGAGAUGGGGAUUCCAUUUCCAUCACUGAGAAGCAGACCAUGCAGAACUUGAACGAUCGACUGGCCAAGUACCUGGAGAAGGUGCGCACCCUGGAGGCAGCCAAUGCCAAGCUGGAGGCGCAGAUCCGAGAGUGGGGCAUCGGCCGCACCAAAGUCAGCACCCGCGAUCUCAGCGCCCACCAGAUCGCCAUCGAUGAGCUUCGCAGCAAGAUCCUGGCUGCUGCAGCUGUGAACCUCAAUAUAACGCUUCAGAUUGACAAUGUCAAACUGGCUGCUGAUGACUUCAGAAUCAAGUAUGAGAAUGAGGUGGGUCUGCGUCAGUACGUGGAGGCUGAUAUUGCUGGCCUGAAGAAAAUGCUGAGUGACCUGUCCCUGGCUAAAAGUGACCUGGAAUUGCAGCUGGAUGGUCUGAGAGAAGAAAUCGCUUACCUCAAGAAGAACCACGAGGAGGAGACCCUGUCCUACCGUACCCAACUGACUGGGCAGGUGCAAGUGGAGGUGGAUGCUGCCCCUGCUUUGGACCUGAAUGUUGUCAUCGCUGAGAUCAGGGAGCAAUACGAGGCCCUUGUGGCCAAGAAUCGCAGGGACGCAGAGCUCUGGUUCAAGAACAAGUCAGAGGUGGUGCAGCGGGAGAUGAAGAGCAGCGCAGAGGUUAUACAGACCAGCAGCAUGGAGCUGAAGGACGGCCAGAACACUGUACGCAAUCUGGAGCUGGAGCUGCAGUCCUUAAUCUCCAUGAAGGCCUCUCUGGAGGGGAAUCUGGCAGAAACAGAGGCCCGCUUCUCCGCCCAGAUGGUGAGCCUGCAGGCUAUGGUGACGAGCAUGGAGGCCCAGCUGAUCCAGCUGAGGGCCGACACUGAGCGCAGUGCCCAGGAAUACCAGGCCCUUCUAAGCAUCAAGACGCGGCUGGAGCUGGAGAUCGCAGAGUACAGGAGGCUGCUGGAGGGACAAGAUUUGUCUUCAUCAUCAACAAUUACUAAGAAGGUGAUCACUGUGGUUCAGGAACUGGUGGAUGGGGUAGUAGUGAACUCUUCUACCUCAACCAACACCGCCAUCGUUGAGCAGGAAGCCCCUGCCAUACCUCACCUGGAGGCAGAGACGAGAAUUGAAGAGAGAAGCUCUCCAAUCCCACCAGAGUAUUCCUCUGAGAAAUCAGUUGUCAUUGAAGGCUCAGAAGAUGAUUUGUCCUCAACAGCAACAGUUACAAAGAAAGUGGUCACUGUGGUGCAGGAGCUGGUGGAUGGGGUGGUAGUGAACUCUUCCACUUCAACCACUUCCACCAUCAUCGAGCAGGACGCUCCCACCAUAACCCUCCUUGGGGAAGAGGCAAGAAUCGAGGAGAGAAUCUCUCCAAUCCCACCAGAGUAAUCCUUUCCCCCCUUUCUCAGAGUCUUUAGCCAAACCAUGGAGAGCCCAGCCAGCUCCUUCCAUGGGUCAGUCAUAGUUCACAAAUUUAUGCAACAAUUGGAUGACCUCCUUGUCCACAUCGAACCAGUUUCUACUUUGCUUCCUGUUCAUUUUGAAAGUAUACAGAUCACACAGCACUCUCAUAUACUGUAUUUAGCCCAC